UGGAACUCUGCUUUCACAGGGGGCCUUGAAGGCAACACUGAUUGGCACCUGGUACACCUGUGAGACAGCCAGGUUGCUCUGGAAAAACCUAGUUUGGAAACCAAAGUCGAACUUUUACAACUAACGGAGGAGGCUGAAACUGUGAGAAGGAGUGGCUUUUUCUGAGGGAUGUGUGCAUUUGUCAGUUCCAGGUUUUCACCUUCAUGCAAAUGACAUGGCAGAGGGCUAUGCCACCCAAAGAGGGGAUUCUCCUCCAUCCUGCUCCCCGCUGUCCCCCCACUGCAGCACGUCCACCCAAAUAUGGCUGCCGUUUGAAUCUCCUCUGCGGCCUCCCUGGAAUGAUGGUUUCACAGAGCAGGACGAGGUGCCUGGGGACUGUCAUGCUCACGAGCAGUCAGGCAGAUCCCCCUCAUCACGUUUCUAUGAGGAGCUUUUUUGUACCGGCCAAAUCUCCAUCCCUCUGGGUUCUCUGACUGGUGCCUUAAUGGCCUCUUCUGGGCCGCAGAGUGAUGUGGUGAAACAAGGGUAUUUGGGAAAGCUGGAACGCAACCACAGAAGGUAUUUUGUCCUGAGAGCGGGAAGCCACACUGGGCCGAGCCGGCUCGAGUGGUACAAGAGCCAGGAGAAGUUCACAGCAAUGGAGAAGUCUGUUGGGAAAACUACACUGUUUGGAUCGAACAAGCAAGGGGUGAUCUACCUGCGCUGCUGUCUUGGUGUGAGUCGGGUUGGCAGUUCCCGAAAAGGCCACAUGUUGGCGCUGUAUGACAAAGACCAGACCAUGCUCCUGGUGAUGGAGGACCAACAGCAACAGGAGGACUGGUAUGCAGCUGUAAAGAAACUGAUGGAGGAGGAGCAGAAGGAUGACGAGCACGUGGAGGGAGUUGAUGAAGAGGAUGAUGGGUAUUGCACUCUUCCUCCUGCUGCUUUCUUUAAAGAGGUUUGGUCCGUUAAGGUGAAGCCCAGAGGUCUGGGCAGUUCCAAACCCCUCACAGGGGAGAGCCGCCUCUGCCUCACUGCAACAUCGCUUGUCUUGGUGCGACUGGGGACCAGUAACGAUUUGCCGUCGGUAACUAUACCUCUGCUGAGCGUUCGCCGCUUCGGCCACCUCGAUGGUUUGUUCUUCUUGGAGCUCGGUAGAUCAGCACCAAAUGGUCCUGGAGAGAUUUGGAUGGAAGCAAGAGAACAAGGAAACCCAGCGCUGGCCCAGCACAUUCAUGAGGCAGUUCGGGAGACAGUUCGAGCCCUUCGUGCUUUUCCAGAUUUCAGCAGUUCACCAACCUCCGGUCAAAGUCAGCCUCCAGCGCUUCUGGCCUCAAAACGCUGCCGGCCCAAAUACAGAAGCAGGCCGGGCAACAUGAGAACACUUACUCCUGUGGUUUUGCACCCCAGAAGUUCUGACAACCAAGCUGGUCCUGUAGAGAUUCACCAGAAGCCCGAGACGUCAGACCAAACCAAGUCAGAAUCCUGCCUGAGCUUCACCUCUCACAGCAGCCCAUCCAGAACCCUGCAAAGCUCUGUUCCUGACACCGGCAGAUAUGUGGAAACGAGAAGAGACCUUUGCAAAGCUGCGGUCUGGAAGAUGAAGACUUGGGAGUCGAGUGAAGUUGAGGAAGGGAUAGGAUACAUGAUCAUGUCUCCACAGAUCAGCAACAGCUCAUCUGAAUUGGCUCAGGAUGACUAUGUUACCAUGGAGAGUCCACAGAAACCCAACCACCCAGCUUUUUCUUCUUCCUCCUCUUUCUCCUCUCUUCAGACAACUUUCAGCAGCUCCACCUGUGACGGCUACUCUCCUCUGCAUCCGUCACGUCGUCACACUGAGGACAGUCGGCCUCAUUGGCUCACGGUGCAGCCGUCGGAAACGGGAGCUGACCAAUCCGAUGUGAGCACCAGCUGCUCCUCUCUGCCACAGGGUGAUGAGCAACAGGAGCAGAAGUCAGAGCAGCACAACCAACAGUCGCCUCAGACGGCCCCUAAUGGUGACAUGCCAACUCUGACCAUUCCAUUUGUUUUGAGUGGAUCAGGCUGCACAAGGCUUCCACAGUCCAGUCCUAACUUUGACACGAGUCAGUCGAGUCGACCCCAAACCACGUCAGAUCGUUCUGCUGACAGAAGAUACUGGCUGUCAGCAUGUCUGCUUUCUUGCCUUCAUGCUGAGGAUGGAUCCUGAAUGUUUGCUGCGUUUAUGUGUCAUGCAGCGAUGUGAUUUAUUUAUUCAGGUCUAAUCGAAGGAAAUAUGUUCAAAAUGUUGUAUGAAUCCAAAAGUGUGUGGCCACUGGAGGUCAAUGUUGCCACCAAUGAGAUGUGCGCUGUACUUACAAAAGGUUUGGAUGCAAACAAGAAAAAAAAAAAAGGGAAGCAAAACAUGACCAGGCUGUUGAGGGGAAAACAAACUAUUUACAGUUUUUGUGUAUUUUUGUCACACUUGUUAAACAUUUGUUCAGAUUCACAUCAUUAUGGUGUGGGCCUUUAAUGUCCCAACAAUGAGCACUGCAUUUAUAUGUGAGAAAAAUAAAGUUGUCUUUCCUGACUGCAAA